CUUCUGUUUCCAGCAAAUGCGCAGUGCGGGGCGUGGCCGAUCUGUACGGGGCGUGGCGCGGUCAUCAGUCCAUUCGAGAAGCACGUGACUGGAGGGGAUACAUUGUAUCGGAGGACAUGGUGGAUGGCGGAGGAGUACAGGCGGAUGGAGGAGUCUCUGCGGAGGUCCUCUGAGCGGGCCAGAGAGGUUCUGGAGAGAGCCAGACGCUGGGAGGUGGACUGGGGGGCCGCUCACAGAUCGGAGGGGAUCCGGACGCAGGACGCCGAGGUACCGAUCAGAAUAAAGUCUGCGGGGGAUCUGGUGACGAGACGAUCAGUACAAUCUGUGUAUGUUGUGUCUCCGCAGGAUGACGAGACUCCGCCCACCCUGGAGGAGGAAACCUUCACCGCCAUGUCACACUUCAUGCGUCGCACCACAGAGCUGUGCGAGGCGUAUCACAGCUGUAUACCCCCCCGGGGGACCAGCGAACAGGAAAAGCAGCACAUUGGCCGAUUCCACCACAGAAGAUCCCAGCGGGCGACGCAGAGGCCGGAAUCACGCCCGAGCUCUCCCUCCGCCCCCCUCCCCCCUUCUGCUGCCAAGAAGAGGACGGACCCCCGGGACAUCUACAUCGAGGUGGCACCUGGAACGUACCGCAUAUCCGCCGGCUCCCCGGACGGCCCGGCGCAGACUCGUGUAGUGAACGUCGCCCCCGGGCAGAGUGUCGACUUAACUUUUUACGUCUAGGCUGGGAUUGGCCGAUCAACCUGUGCAAUCGCUGCGCUCGACUUUUCUUCUAUAGAAGGGACCCGGACUGCUGAUGGCGCCGGGUCAUUCUCUGGUCCCUGGCUGGCGGGGUCACCGGCCCCAAAUGUGUCACUCGAGGUGUGCCAAGAUGGCGGACGAGAACCGAGAGGGCCGCUUUAGCGUGCCGAGAGAAUCUGAACCUUUCCUGCUCUCUGCUGAUAAUCAUCGCUUGUUUUUCCUCUGAACAGAUCUGACCAAUAGCGGCUGAGCUGGGGGGAGGGGUUGUUGUUGGGAUGAAUGUUUUUAGUGAUGGAGUGUAAUUCAUGCUGCUGGACAGCAGAGGGCGCCACGUGUGAAGCGCACCACUCAGUGUCCUUAUAAAGAUCUCAGUGUCUGUAAUUUAUAAUAAACAUUUUAUACUUUCA